AUGGAAGCAGAAGAGAUGAUUAAACAAAUGGAAGCAGUACACAAGCAAGUACGAGACAAUUUGGAGACCACCAACUCAAAGUAUAAGCAACAAGCAGACAAAAACCUGAAGAUGAGGCAGCCUAUCAAGGAGGGGGAUCUAGUGUGGGUGUACCUCAGAAAGGAAAGAUUCCCACACCUCAGAAAGAACAAGCUCAUGCCAAGAGCCAUAGGUCCUUUUCCAGUGACAAAGCAGUUUGGCAAAAAUGCAUUUGAAGUCCAACUACCAGCCGAGUACAACAUCUCCCAUACCUUCAACAUAGGAGACCUAACCCUACAUAAACCUGGACAAGAAUUGAGGACAAUUCUCUCCCAAGAGGGAGGAGUUGAUACAAAUAUAGUAUCAAGGGUUAAGACUCCUACAAGGGACAUGCAUAGACAAGACAGUACAUUGGACUUGGCAUCUACGCCAAAUGCACGUGGGACACAAGGGACUCCCGUGGAUACUCCUCAACAAUCACUCAUGGACCCAAGAACAAGUGACCAAGGCAAGGAAGCCCAAUACACCACGAAAAUCAGCAUCAAGGACACAACAGAACAGACAGGACCCAAAAACAAAGGAACAGAGCUAUCUGUCAAACAACUAACCUUAGUGAACCGCCUGAGUUCAGACCGGAGGUACUUGGACCAGGAAGGAGGGUGGAAUGGCAUCUCACCACAUGGGCCAAGCCACCAAGGGCCAAGGGUUUUACUAAUAGUGCACCAGGAAGACGGUGGAACAAGAUAA